AACCCAGCCGCCGCCUCGGCUCCCGGUGGGUCCCAGUCACAAGUUCGCCAGUAACUACUACUGCAGCCGGGAUGGACGCCGAGAGUCCCUCCCGCCCAUCGUGGUCGCGGCGGCACAGAAAACCCUCGCUGCGGGGGCUCAAGCUG